AUGAUGAGACUAAUUUGUGAUCUAUUCAAGCUCUAUCAUGGCGCUAUGGAAUUGGGCACUGAAAACGAUAAGUUUUGCAACAUGGAAACAAAAAAAAUCGUGCCAGAAUCCGAGCUGAACGUGCCACCUGUCUUUAUUUCUCGCGAGCCUAUCGAUCGCUUCGUCUCGGCGUAUAUGAUGUUGUGCAUAAAACUCGACGUUUGCGAAGAAACCCAUCAAGCAUCGGUACACAAAUUUGUCGAAUUCCUCUACGACGAGUUCAACAAGGACGGGGAGGAGCCGAAACUCCCCGGAAAAUAUGGAGACUUUAUGGCGCAUCAUUUGGGAUUGCAGACAUGGUACUGUGUCCCAGAGACAAUGCGGAAUAUCCGGAUCGAAAGUGAUGUUUUUGCGGAGCUGAAGGAUUAUUUUUUGGAAGCAGGAAUGCCUGCAAUGAUUGUCGAUAAGGCAAUCUCCCGACUUCAAACUACAAAAAUCAACGGCCUACCUCCCGUCUACAGUAGUCUACGCGACCACGUGACCUCUGAGAUCUACUCCAACUGCGAUACGCUCCGAAAAUUGACGGAAAUUUACUAUCAAGAUUUUUGCUGGCACAUCACAAUAUUCUGCACGGCCACCACCGUGGCGAUUGUUAUUCUGAGCAUCAAUUUGGUCGUGUUCUUUCACAAGCGGCUUCCACUUUUUGAAAAUGUAUACGAAAGGAAAACCGUCAUAGAAGAGCAGUGCACUGCAAAAACCGGGCAUUGUUAUGCGGUGAUUGAUCAUGUUUGGACAAGGGACCACGUCGUAGCCGGGCUUCAUGAGAGAUGGUUCAACCAGCCUACUGAUAAUCGGACUCGGGUAUUGGAGGCGGAUAUUAUCGAUUAUAUUGCUGAUUCAAGGCGAAGAGGAACGAUCUCAAUUUCCAUGCACAAUGUUUAUAAGGAGAAGGGUCGCGCAGCGGUUUUUCAGUUGACCAAGCAACUCGAAGCGUAUUUUCCAAGCUGCUUUGUUUUUGAAGCGAGGAUUGCGGAAGAAGUCCUAACGGUUUGCACCAAAACCGACAUCCCGCCAAAACCUAUUCUCAUCUCACGACUCGAAACUGCCAUCCGGGACGUCCGCCUCAACCACAUGCGGCAGAUGAAAAUCCGCAAAUCGAACCAGAGCAUUUAUUUGGCGUGGAAGAAA